AAUCAUCUCUCUCCUCUCAAACACUUUACCAGACUAUAAGAGCUCCCUAACUUUUUUCCUUUCAACCUAACACAAAGUUGCUUGGAAUACCUAGUGAUCUCCUCCAGAACACGAAACGUACGCGUGGAAUUGUAUUUCACCCUCAUGCUGGAAUAACGUCCUUAUUCGCACGCGCUUUCAGCAGAGACUUAAGCGAGAUGCCCGAAGAGCCCGCGCGAGACUCCUCCAGCUCCCCCGUGUCUCCCGCGGACAGUCUCAGCAACAGCGACGGAGAGCCCGACAGGCCACCAAAAAGGUGCGCAAGGAAAAGACGGUCGAGCAAGAAAAACGGGGAGGAUUCCGAUAGCUCGACCCUUGGGAAAAGGGGGAAAAAGUCUAGCAACAGCAGCAACAGCCCUCAGUCUUUCGAGGAGCUGCAGACGCAGCGCGUGAUGGCGAACGUGCGCGAGCGACAGAGGACGCAGUCGCUCAACGAAGCGUUUGCGGCUUUACGCAAAAUCAUCCCCACUUUACCUUCCGAUAAACUGAGCAAAAUACAGACGCUGAAACUCGCCGCCAGGUACAUCGAUUUUCUCUGUCAGGUUCUACAGAGUGACGAGCUGGACUCCAAGAUGGUCAAACCGUGAGCUGGGAAAACACGAGGACCAAUGCUAAUUCCAUCAUAAUCUUGGGGAAAACGGCAAAUGUUCCAACAGAGGUCAUGGCUGUUACCGAGAGAAGGCCACGGGCAGCGAAUUGUCAUAUGGAUUUCCUCGCGAGUCUUAUGACGACGAAUGUUGGAAAUAUGUGCAUAUGCAUGUUUUUUUUUUUUUUUUUUUUUUUUUUUUUGGAAGACUCAGAUGUGCAUAACUUUCUGGAAGAAAGUGAAUUUGCAUUACAAGGACUGUCGAUAAGAAAAUGGGAAUUGAAGCCUCUAGUUCGAAUCCUGUGCAAAUACAAAGCUUUAGUACAAUUCUAUUUAUUUAUUGAUGACACACUUUUUGAAAUGAAAGUAAAUGUAUCAAAUGUGUUGAAAUGCAUUAUUAUUUUUUAUUACUUUUGUAAAUAAAUGUGUAUUUCUGUAAUAAAAAAAUGAAGAAUUUUAAGAAAUAUUUCAAGUUAAUAUUUCGAAAUUCAUUCACUUUAAUUGUUUCGAUUCUGGUCGAUUUAGGAAACACUGAGCAGGGAAAAUGCAGUAAAUUAAUGUUAUGCUUUGACAAAUUUGUAUUGCAAGUCAUUUAGUAAUGUUUUGAGGAAUAUUUUGCUAUUAAAAAUAGCACAUGCGAUGUUUAACAUUAAAAUUGGGCUAUAAAAAUAAGAGACAAAAUAUAUAGCCUAAUGAAAAUAUGAUACAAAUAAAAUAAUGACAAAAUGGUAGCCUAUAAUUGUAUUGUCUUAAAAUUGAUCCAUUUUAACAAUUCGAUACUGAAUUAAUUGUAAUGCAAUGUUUAAAUUGUAGAGAAAACUUUGCUUUACCUAAAUAUGUGAUAUGAUAGAUUUUUUUUUCACCCCCGAUUGCGUAAUACUGUGAUGUAAUACUGAGUUUGUUUUAGUUAAUUUCGAUGUGCCUGUCUAUUAAGGAUUUUUUUCAUUGAAAGUCCUAUUUAUUUCGGCUUUUUAGUGGCAUGGGUUCGACAACAAUGUCAGUUCAUGAAAGAAAAAAGAAGAACGAGGUCAAGAGAAAAAAUAAAUAAAUUCAAAAUCCAGAUUAGUAUUUUUACAGUUGCACAAAAUCAUUGGUUUCAUCCAACCAGAACUUCACAAAUACACAUGUGCGUCACAGUCCCAUCCCCAGAGAUUGCAGUGGAUGUAUAGCCUGGAGGCUGCUCCAAAAAUACUGUGUGCAAGGGGUACAACAGCACUCAUUAAUUUUGUUAAUUAAAAAAAUAAUAAUAACAAUAAAAAUAAAUAUAUAGAGAGCUAACUAAAACACCUCUAUUUAUUUAUACAGUAGUCUGUUAUAUCGGGGUGUCACCAAAUUAAUUUGGAUGUUAAUUUA